AAACCUUUAGUUAAAUUUUUAGUCUUUGUAAAGAAAUUUUAUCCAGAGUUAGUUUAUUUUUAAAUCAAAAAUGCGCGCCGCUUGUUUUGUAUUGCUCAUUGUAGCAGCAGUUGUUUCAGCUGAUGUCAAAUUGGGAGUCUAUCCAGUACCUUAUUCCGCUGAUGUUGUUGAGGAGCCAGCUAAAUUUAGUAACAGCGAGGAAUUCAUCAAUGUUGUUGAUUAUUUGAAUGAAAAUGCUUCUGGCAAUGAUUUGUACGAAAUCAUUGAAUGUUUCAAUGAUGCUCUUGAUGAUUUGGAAAAUCAACCUGAAGGUCGUUCAUUGAGCAGUAUUGCUCAUGAAAUUUUUGAAGAAAUCCCAUGGUCCAAGAUCAAUUCAUAUGUUAUGUCUAAAUUGUCUUCAAAUCCUAAAUUCGCUAAGGUUUAUGCUAUUUUGAACGAUCCUGAAUUCAAGGACUUGUUGAACAAGGCUGUGAACUCUGUUGCUCUAAGGAACUACGUUAAGUCAGUUGAAGCCAAUGGCUUCUCCUGGUCUACUUUUGCCAGCUUUGCAUUGAAGGCUAUUUGCGAUACAGCUGUUGUAUCACACCACGAUUCAUACUCUGAAGGAGUUUGCAAAGUAUUGAAGAGCUUGUAAAUUAUUACAUAUUAAUUGAGAUUUGUGUGAAUAAAGGUAUCAGGGAACAAAA